AUACCGAAAAAAAUUGAAAUUCAAUCCCAAUCCCACAAAAUAAUACGUGUAUUCGGUUAUACCAAAUAUAGACAAAUUCGGUACGGUAUUCGGUAUAUCCCAAAUACUGGUAUCAAACUUCCAGCCCUAAUUGGGGAUAUGAAGAGGCUUCCCCAUAUCAAGAAGAUUUUCCUCCACAAUCCGAGGAGAAAUCCAAGUUGGAGUUGGCCAUGAAAGCCUUCAUGGGACAAUCAUCAAGACCAUGUGCCACUCCACAACCGAAGCCAAAGAGAAACUGGGAGCUAAUGGUGGAGAAAUUUUCCCGGGGUACCGACGAGGGAUGCUCCAAUUUGGACCUUCCCAUCGCCGACCCUAUCGACUCAACCUUUCUUCGGGAGGCGGAGGAGCUCCGUCGAUGCACGAAGGGGCAAGGAGAGCUUAUUGAGCAAGCAUGUGCACAACUUGCUCCCAAUCGCCUUCUGCCAUUUGAAGAAGAGAAAUAGGAGGUCGAAGAGGCAAGCCAUGAGACCCUUGGAAGAAUGAGCUCUUACAUGGAUUUCCAUCCCCUCCCUCCUCCCGGAUUGACACUAGAAAAGAAAGUGGCACGAGCUUGUGAAAGCUAUCGCCUCUCAUUAUUGGAGGAGAAAGAGGAGGUUGAAGGGGCGCUCCAUGAUAACCAUGUGGAGCUAGAGAAACACACCCCGGAGAGCUCUCAUGGCGAGGAUGAAUGAGAAGGUUGCAUGCAUUGACGACUCCCAUCAUCUACCCCUUCCCCAAAGCAACUUUGAAGACCAAGACACGAGUGUGGAGGAGCAAUAGAAUCCCUUCUAUGACCUUGCAUGGCAUCUUGCCCUCAAAUUUGUUAUUGGAGACAUGAAUAGGAAGGAGAAAGAAGAGGUUGAAGAGGAGAAGUGAGCAUCAAAGAAGGGGGGUACCUUGAUCCUUCCCAACGUGAGGAAAUUGAAGAAGAAGGAAGGGAGGUUGAGGAAGAAGGAGAAGAAGCAAAUGGUGUCCAAGAUGAGGAUGAGGUCGAGGUGGAUGAAGCAUCCACAAGUUACAAGUGCUACCAAUGUUUUCCACCCAACCUCGGUGCGCUUUUGUAGAAGGACCCAUUUGCGGCUAUUUGCCAAUCCAAGGCCAAACCAUCGGCAAUCCCUCUUGGUGGAUGUGAUGGUGUUAAAUCGAUGAUGCACUACAUGGUAUGGGGAAAAUAGAAAGGAGAAGAAGAAGUCUCGUGGGUGGAGCCUCAAAGCCGAUCAAGUUAAGGAGCCCUCAAUCAUGGACUCGUCCAAUGCCUGUGACUUGAGAUUUCAUCUCACCGACGAGAACCUCAACUUCAAGGAGGUUCUUGGAUGGACCGAAACUUGAAGAGCAACCGUCCGGCUCACGAUGUUAAAGAAGCUGUUGUUGGGAGGCAACCCAACCUCCAUCGGUUUGUUUCACUUUGGCUUCAAUAAAGUUGACCCUUUGUUUUGCCGCCUCCUUGCUCUUCCAGAUCUCACCCGCCCUCCGUUUCCGACCACCAACAUUCACCACUAUCCGGUAACAUCGUUUUACCUCCUUCUUUUACGUUAUUGAGGGCAAUGUCGAGCUUAAGUGAGGGGAUAGUCCAUUAUGCAUGUGUGUGUGAAUGUUUGGUGUGAUUUUAAAUGCAUGGAGCCUAGUUGUAUACCCAAAUUUAUAAAAUUUGAGGGCUCAAACUAUAACAAAUUCUACAUUUGCAUGAUCAUAGUGGCACCUAAUGGCGAUUUGUUUUGAAUCUCGUGGUUAUUAGCAUUCUCUACCGAUGAUUUACUUGUGAUUAUGUGCAACCUAUGAUGAUGAUUGAGACGUGUAUUAGGUUUGUGCAUAGGUUCAUUUCUCUUGUGUUUGUGAAACGAUAGAUGUUUUUAAUCGACUACUUGCUUGUUACAGUUGCCUAUGCAUCGAGUUUAGGGAAUUAGAACGAAUGAUUGAGCACCUAGGUAGCCAUGUGCGACUUGUGCCGUUCGUUUCAUUCUUGUGCGAUAGAUUCCCCUUUACAUGAUGUGUAGCAUUCACGUUGUUGCUAGCGAGGAAGAUGGAGGCAUAGGUUUAGCCCACGACCCAAAAGUUGACCGACCCGAUCACAUCAUCCCUUAGUCAACCCCUUUGAGUCGUGUGUCUAAGGGUCAUUCUUGCGUUAGGUAGCUCACGCUACUUGAGCUUGAUUGAUUUAGAUAGAGAGACCUACUUUCUUUGUGUCUACACCUUAUCGAGUCACCCUUGUGUUUGGAAGCUCCAUUCAUACCAUUUGAGCUUAAACGAGGUUCCACACGACUGGUUUGUGUAUGGUUUCGCUAAGAAGUGAAGUGAGUAUGGAGGUAGUUCGUAGAAGUGAUCAUUAUUCCUUAAGUUAAAAAAAAUGUGGCAUGUUUAUAGCUCUCUAUAGCCCCCAAAGAAAAGAGAAAAGAAAAGCAAAAAAAAAAAAAAGAGGAGAGAUCAAUAAGAUGGCAAAGAAGAAAAGAGAGUGGCCACAAAAAAUAUAAUAAUUGUUGAACGUGCUCUUAGAAGUGUUUCUUGGCAUACAAGCUAUAGAAACACAUACAUGUUGUUGACUUCUACACUCUUGUGCUUAAAAUUGAAUAGCAAAUGUAGAAAGAAAGAUAGUUGUGAAUGGGUUGGUAAUUGGUUGUGUUUUGGAAGUUUGGGAAGUGUGGUUUUUGGCCGUUGUUAGUGGUCAUUGUUUUUUGACGAAGGUUCUGGAUCGAAGCUAAUGAACCUUGUACUUUGGUUCUAGGUUGAAGUUGUGGAACCUCAUGAAAUACGUGCCACCACCAAAAUAUCAUUUUCCCCAUGUCCGAGACCCUAGCCAAUCAUUUGAACCGGUGCCUAAGACCUCAAACAAGCUAGCAACGACACCCAUCUUGUGAGCUCUAGCAUUUAGAGGCUACCAUCAUGGUAAAGGAACGUUAGGAUUGAGCGUGAAUAUGCACAUCUUUUGCAUCAAAUGGUCCUGACCCCACUAGUCGAGAGUGGGUGAUUCAUUCAUCAUGUUUUGUUCAUUUCUCAUACCCCGGUGAGGACCUAGGUUGCUCGAUCGUUCGUUCCUAUGAUGUGAUCUUCAUGCUUGAGUAAUUGUGAUUGGUGAGUCGUCGAAGAAGGUUAUGUGUUGGUUGAUAAAUAAUUUGAGAACUCUUCUUUUGAACAAUCUUAAUACAGUCGAAUGUCGUUUUUGGUGGUUGCCAAGAUUAAUUUGUUUUUGUCCAUAGAUCGAUGUCAAAUAACCAUUGUGAUUCAUUUGUUUUGUGCCCAAUUACAUGCCUAAAAAAUUUUGUUGAGAAAGAGAAGUUGCAAGCUUACCUUGUUUUAUACUUGGUUUGCUUUGGGACAAGCAAACGUUCAAGUGUAGGUGAGUGAUUCGGGUCCAAUUGUACACAUUUGCCCCUCAUUUCUUGAUAGUUUUACUUUGCUUCUCAUCGUUCCUCGACAUAUUUCAUGCUAGGUUGUGCUUGUUUUGAUACAUUUCAAGUCCUACCACGUGUGGAAGGGUCGAGGAUGAAUUUUGGGAAGAUUGGAGGUCAAAAAUCACAAAAAACCGAAGAAAAGUCCAAAGUCACUAUUUGGACGCAAUUGUCAAGGUCGUCAGGAACUAGAGCCAGAACUCCUGAAACAAGAAGUGACCAGAGAGGGUUUUCAGAGUACUGAUGGCCAGGUUGUUCACGGUGGCUAAGAUUUUGAACAUAGGCCACAUACAGUGAACCCGAGCCAUCGAAGCGGUGCAUUUUGGUCCAGACUAUGCGUUCACGAACGCUUUUUGAUGUUCACGGUCGUGAACUAAUCAACGCGGCCGUGAAUUGAGGUCUAAGACCUUGACCUGAUCAACGCAUCCUUGAACAGAGCCUAAUCUGGGGAUAAAAGGAGAAGGGAGCUGAAGGAGAAAGGGGUUCCAUUUUUAGGUUAGGUUUUCAUUUUCAGAAUAAAGAGGAUUCUAGUGA